AGCAAGAGCCGGCCCCGCAGCCGGAGCCGCAGUCCGGACCGCAGCCGGGCCAAGAGCCGGGGGCGGAGCAAGAGCCGGCCCCGCAGCCAGAGCCGCAGUCCAGAUCGGUGCCGGGCCAAGAGCCGGGGGCGAAGCAAGAGUCGGCCCCGCAACAGGUCUUCAUCCAGGUCCAGAUCGAGGUCCAGGUCCACAGGGCGGAGCAGAGGACGCAGCUACAGCAAAGCAGCGAGCCGCGGUCUCAGCAAGAGCCGGCACAGGAGUCGCAGUCGCAGCAUGAGCAGCAGCUCGAGCUCGAGCAGUGGAGACGAUGGCAGCGAGAAAUCCAGAAAAGGGUUCAAAGAGCUGGAGACGGCUCGCCGCAGGAAGGAGCUGGAGGAGAUGCUGAGUCUGCCAACCAAAUCCAUCCUGAAGAAACGCAUCGACUCGGAGGACUCGCCUUCGCUCAGGAGCUCAGACUCUCCCAGAGGUCUGGAAGCCUCCAACAUCUGUCGGGUAGCUGACCAGCUGCUGCUGGCUGUUAAAGGCAUGGAGCCCCACAGGGUCGCCUCCAUGCUGGCAGAGCUGCGCUCCGAUCCACGCAUGGCUCAACGCGCCGGUCUGGACGCCGAGAUCAAAGAGAUCCUCAACCUGCUGGGGGCUCAGGCGGCGGGGGUCGAGGCUCAGGAGAAGGCCGCGGACGACAUCGACGACGAGGAGAAGUUCCUGUACGGAGACUCGGAGGAGCCUAAACCUCCGCCGGCGUCCGAGCCGGUCCGACACCACGGGCUGGAUCUGUACGGAGACGUGACGGAGGAGGCGCUGUACGGAGACUACCCCCCGCAGAAACCCGUCACCACUCAGAUGUACGGCCUUCCACCGGAGGCCUCUUCUCACCUUCAGGUCCCUCCCACCAUCGGGGAGGUGGACGUGAGGUACGCAAGCCGGCCCGCCAUCAGCCCCGACCGGAACAUCACAGUCCAGGUGUCGAACCCUGCCUACCCACCGGGGAUGGAGCCACUGGAGGAGAGCGAGCGGCAGGCGCUUGAGGAGUACGAGAAGAUCCAGGACCUGCUGAAGACCAUCGGCCUGGACUUGGGUGUGGCCGACAUCAGCAAGAUGGCCGCCAGGACCAAAGAGAGGCUCCACGGGAACAAGCCUCCCCCGAAGACGCCCACACGCCGCAGACGUUACUCCUCCGGCAGUUCGGACGGCAGCCGUCGCAGCCAGGGCCGCAGGAGGCGGAGCCACAGCAGCAGCUCCAGCAGCAGCAGCAGUGGGAGUCGCAGCCGUGGGCGGGGGGGCAGCUGCAGCAGCGACGACAGCCACAGGAAGAGCUCGGCUGCGCCCACAACUCACAGAGACGUGAAAGAGCCGAAGGUCGAGCGGAGCGACGCAGCACCCACGCCGCCCCCGCAAAAGCUUCCCGACCCCAAAACUCUCCCCCCUCCUCACCCUGGGGCACCCAUACCCAACUACCCCCCCCCACAGGUCCACGGAAUGAUGCCCCCUAACUUUCCCCCGCCGCACUACGGCCAGUACGGGAACUAUCUUCCCUACAUGCACCAGCAGUGGCCGCCCAUGUACCCGCCCCCCAACAUGACACUGCCCCCCCAGACCCACCCCGACGAGUUCCCCCCCACUCUGCCCUAUAAACAGGCCUUGAACAGAGUGGCCACUGAGCCGGGGGCCAAAGCUUUGGUGAAGAGUUGUGUUCAGGACGCUGAGAAGGGAAAAGUCAGCAGCCACGACAGGAGAGUGUCUGAGGAGCAGAACAACGAGAGCCAGAAACAAAAGGUUCUGGAGGAGAGAGAGAAGCUGAAGCAGGAGAGAGAGACCAGGAUGAAGAAAAAAGAAUAUCUAAUGAAGGAGCUGGAGAGACUCAGGAAGCAACAAGGCGAGCUCCUGAGGAAGAAGCGGCGGGAGAAGGGGGGCCACAAAGACCCUCUGCUGCAGGAGAUCAGCCACUUGCAGGAGGAGGUCAUGACUCAGAUCUCCAACCUGCGCAAAGAGCACGAGGCUGCCGAGAAGAAACGCAGUGAGAUCGACAAGGUGGCGCUCAUCCUUGGUCUGAGCCCUUCCGACCGGCCCCGCGGGACCAGUAGGCCGGCCGAGGUCCAGGAGGCCGAACCGCCGCUGCCAGAGAAGAAACGGGAGGCAGAGAGAAGUCCUGAGCGACGGCAGGCAGCCAGCAACUCCAUGAUAAAGCAGACCUCAGUGGUGCCGCCGUCCUUGAGAGCGUCCCAGGACGAUCCGCCCGUCAGCGCCCCGGCUCCGCCUCCGACCCCGCCUACAGACCCGUUUGAAUACUAUGAUGCAGGAAACCACUGGUGCAAAACCUGUAACGUCACCUCUGGUUCCAUGUUUGAUUUUUUCACACACCUGCACAGCAAAUCACAUCGAAAGACUCUGGACCCGUAUGACCGGCCCUGGGCUUCCACUCCCACCAAAACCCCCAAGAACACGCCGUUAGAAGAGAAGCUGACAAAACCCGCCAAAGGUUCAGAGUUCUUGCUGCCUGUCAGAGGAUUCUUCUGCUUGCUGUGUAAAGAGUUUUAUGGAGAUGCCAUCUGUGCAGAAGAGCACGUCACCACACACACUCACAAUGAGAAAUACAAGAAACAAAUGUACGAGAAUCCCUUGUAUGAACAGAGGAGGAACCUGGACCGACAGGCAGGACUGGCCUCAGAGACAAGUGGAAAGAAACGGAAACAUGAGGACGACGAGAAAGGAAACAAAGACAAGGAGGAAAAGUCCAAACCCAAAAAGGAGAAAAGGGACAAGGAGAAAAAGAAGGAAGAGGAUGACACUGUUCAAAAGGAGGAGAAAUCUAAAGUUAAAAAGGAGGAGGAGAAGCUGAAGCUAAGCAAAAAAGAGGAGGAUUUUAAAGAUGCCAAAAGCCUGGAAGAAGAGCGGCCUUCCUAUAGCAAGAAAGAUGAGGAUGAAAAGUCUAAAUACACCAAGAAGGAUGAUAAAUACCGGGUCAGCAGAGAGGAAGAGGAGAGGGGUAAAUACAGCCGAAGAGACGAGGAUGACAAAUACAAAUAUAGUAGAGAAGAAGAAUAUCGGUACCGCUAUCGCAGAGAUGAAGACGACAAAUAUGGUGAUCGUCCCAAAUAUGGGCUGAGAGAAGACGAGGACAAGUAUAAAUAUGGUAAAUAUUCAGAUUUCAGGCCCAAAUAUGACCGAGAGAGAGAAGAAGGGAAACCUAAUGCUGAGAAGGAAGCUUUUAAAAAGCUUGAGCCGGGAAAACCAGCAGGAAAACCAGCCGGGAAACCAGAAGUCAACAAGCCAGAACCUCCGCCAAAGCCCUACGACCCGCCCAAAAUCUUCUCUGGACCCAGUCCAGCCAUGAGGGCAAAGCUCCGCAAGCAAAGCCUUGAAGCCGGCAAACCAGCACCGGUGACCCCGACCCCUUCAUUCGGAAAGUUCAUGUGGAAAAAGAGGGAGAACAUUCUGGCAAAGGAGGCAGAGAAAGUGGCCGCCGAGUUCAUCAAGGAAGACGAAGCGGCUGCGAAACAGAAUCCAGUCUUGGUGGAGGACUGUUUUGCAAGAUCCAUGGCUGUUGCUAAGGAGAUCGCCCAGAAGCUGGGGGACCAGCCAAGCCAGGUUCCUCCCUGGGUAUCCAACAGCGCCAACCGGGGAAGGAUCCGACCCAACCUCCCUGCACCCGCUGCAGUCCUGAGGAAAACAGCCAUGAUGGGUAAACCUGCACCUCUGAACACCUUCCUCUCUAUCAGACCCCAAAACACUAGUUUACAAGGGUAUCCAAAAGAUGAACCACCAGUUGGUAGACCUGGGCCAUUCGAAGUUAUGACUGCACCGGGGGUUGCUAGACAAGAGCCAUUUGAGGUUAAUUCUGCGCCACCAGUUUCUAAACCAGCAGUGUUUGAGGUUAAUUCUGCGCCACCAGUUUCUAAACCAGCAGUGUUUGAGGGAAAGCCUGCGCCACCAGUUUCUAAACCAGUAUCGUUUGAGGUUAAUUCUGUGCCACCAGUUUCUAAACCAGCAUCGUUUGAGGUUAAUUCUGCACCACCAGUUUCUAAAGCUGCGCCAUUUGAGGUAAAACCUGAAACUACCCCUGCUCCAUCUGUGGUUAAACCUGCACAACCAACAAUGAUAAAGAUAGUAUCUGAUGUCGCAGCUCCCGGCGUCCCAGAAAGUGAGCAAACUCGUACUGUAUUUGUCAAGCCGCCUCCUUUCAUGACUAAGAGCAACGGAGCUCAGAAGUCUGAGAAACUGAAGAGUAACCUGGCUGCAGCCAAAGCCCAGGACUUAUUUGACAUCUUCUACAGCAGCGCUGGCCAAUCAGGCUCCUCCUCCAUCAUCAAACCAGCAACAGACACUGGAAGUGACAGGAGUAGCACCAAUAAAAGUCAACUUCCUACCCCCCAAGCACAAAAACAGCAACCUCAGCCUCUUACCCAGUCCCAACCUCCAACUGUGGUCUGUUUGUCUCCCCAAACAGACUCAAACAGUUCCCCAAGUCCCCAAAACCAGCCAGAAUCAGACAUUCAGAUUGCAUCCGUUUGGUCUUUGCAGUCUACCCCAAAUCCAACACCUGAGGUGGCUCCAUCCAAAACUGCACAAACAUCACAACCAAAACCAAAUCCACCAGUCCAGUCUGAGGCUCAGAGUCUACCCCAAAACCAAUCCUCAGCUCCUAAAUCUGAGUCCCAACUCACCCCACCAACUGAGCCUGCUGAGCCGCAACCAAAACCUCAAACUCUGUCCCAGCCCAAACUGACUCCUCAAAUCCAAACAGAGCCACAAUCUCAAUCCCAACCAGACCAGGACACCCAGCCCCCAUCCCAUCCAGGGACCCAUCCUGAUGCAGCUCUAGAACCUGAACCCAAACCAAGCCCCAAAGCUAGAGGCAAGGCAGCAAAGAGAGCCCCCUCUGCCCCCCGCCCUGUCCGACAAACUAGAUAUCAGACCCGGCGGCAGCAGCAGACCCAGUCCGAGCCAGAGCCUGAGCCGGCUUCAGAAGAUUCUGACUCUGCAGCUUCAGACCUAAAAGGGCUGGACACAUCAGAUCCCGGCUCUGGGUUGCAUCCGGAGGAGGGGGCACCCAGCGAGGGGGACCCUCAGAUGAUGGAGAACCUGGGCCUCCCCUCCGACAUGACCUCUCUGGACUUUGACUACAAUUUUAACUUUGAGUAGUUGUUGACCGGACUGUGUGACGAGAAUCUGGGCAGGGGGUUCUUUAAAACCUCUCAUACGUCCAGUUUGAUCAGAAGAUCGUCAGUCACAGUCUUUGAUCAAUAAAUUACUGGACUUGAAGGCAGCUGUAAGUGGCGAGAAAGACACUCGCGCUGAUGGACUUAAGACUGACCUUCAUCUGUUUAAAGGACCAGUUUAACGUGAAACCAUCUUGUUCUCCUUCUCCAGAGUCUGAUGUUUCAGAUAUGGGCUUCAUUCCUGUGUAUCCAGUGCAGAGUUACUGUUACUGAUCACAAAAAUCCUCUAAAAACCAACAAUGACUUUGAGUAUUUAGUAAAAGGGUUAUACCUUUGUGUCAUAGUCCUCCAUUGUUAACCAGAUGCUACUUGUCAGUAGGAUACAUUCAGUGUUUGAGUCUGCACAUGGGAUCUGAUGUUAAACAGCCACAUCUUUUUCUAGUCUUUGGACGACAACGGGGCUCUGUGGUGCAGAGUUAUAAGCUACUUCAUGUGUGGCCAUAAGAUCUGGGUCUGGUUUUCAUGGUUUAGGAGAGGCCCCUUAGUUCAGUGGCUCCCAAUCUGGGGUCCCACAAGGGGUUACAAGUUUAUUUUAAGAGGUUGUAAUGGUGUGUUCCCACCAAACGCAACGCAAAUUGUCGCCUUGUGUUACUCGCGGGAUCGUUUGUAUUUACACACACGAGUAAAUAUUCUCCCUUUAAUUCGUCUUACUGCGGCCAGCAGACAGGUUGGGAAGAGAGAGUGAAGAUAAAUGUAAUCCCCACAGUUUGAGUCAUAAACAGUGUAAACAGAUCAGAUCAGGAUCUGGUGGGACUCUGGCUGUUUAUGGGCUCUCUCCUGCAGAGCUCCCCGUGCUCCAGCAGCUGUCUGUGGGCAGCAGCAGCUCCGUCUCUAAGUUAAUAUUCUUCACUUGAAUGGGGCAAAUGUUGCGUGUGCUCCCCAUUCGUGUCUGUGCAUUGACUCUGUUUUUGUAAUCUACUCUAUUAAUUUGAUUUGCGUUUGGUGGGAACACACCAUAAAGCAAUUAACAAAACUUUAUUUUCUUAUUUCAGACGAUCCUCUAAUGAAUAACUGGAUAAUAUUUCCUCUUCUUGCCUCUAAAAUGAGUAAAAUAAUCAGCGUCUGCUAGCAGCCCACUGACAUACAGAAUCACUGCCUCAUUUUAAGGAGGUAAAAAAAGGUUGAAAAUCUUCUGCUGUCCACAUACUUUUGGUCACGUAGCGUAUCUCAGACUCUACAGACAAUACUUGUUAGCGGGAUGAAUCCAUCGUUGUGAUAUCCACCUUCUCAUUGGACUGUGUGGAAGACGGCAGUAGAGAGUUCCUAAAAUGUCAAACUGUUCCUUUAAAGACGUUCUUCUUUUCUACUGGAGUUCAGACUCACAGGUCAGUCAGUGUUUCCUCUCUGAUGGAUGACGAGGUGUUUUUCACUCUACAGCUGGUGAAAUCAAAGCGGCAGCACGCACCAAAAUCAGCUCUGUUUCGUUUGAAAGCUGCAGUUCACUCGUUCACUGAAGGUCCAGGAGCUGAUUGUGUGAAAGAGCGUCAGGUUUUUGUCCUGCAUUGUGUUUGAAACACUGAUCCGUGGUCAGUGUCACUGUGUGUCAAUAGAAACAAACUGUCUUGUAAAGUGAGUCUUAAUAAAGGUUAGUGAGGAAACAAACAGCUCCUGUGUGCUGUGAUAC